GAAAGAAUAUCUGUAACCCCGCAGCCAAACAUACCAAUUCUUUAACGUUUUCUUUCUCCCCGACUCCAAGCAUGUUGUUUCAGUAGAAUUGAAGUCUUCAACUCUCUGAGGAAAACACAAACCAGUGACUGUUUAAGCUCUUUGCAAAUUGGAUGGAUAAAUUAAAGACCGAUUCUCCCAUCUCUCGUCGCAUCGUUCGCUCCUUCUUAGAUUUCCUCAAUUCUGUUGAACCUGCUCCAGGGGUGGAUCUUGAAGGCCUCGAAGUUGCCAGGGAAUGUUUGACUGAGGUGUUUAAACUUGACUCAACUUCUGCUAAAGAUGUGAAACCUGAUGUAUUAGUUGACUUAUUCAGUUCAUUGGAAGCAAGUGAGGAUCAGAAAAUUAAAUCAGAUCUAAGUCACAGGAGAAGUUCAGAUAAUGCUCCUAGUUCAUCGUAUGCCCAUGAUGUUACUAGCAAUAAUUCCUUGAAGGCAUCAGAACUGGGGGAGAAUUGGACAAGAGAACCUCAGUCUGCAGGGGUCUCCAAGGAUGAACUCUUUGGGCAAUUCUUUGCUGCACUAGAGAAAAUUCAUUUUUUAAGGGCCAUGCCUGAUGGGAAUGAUGAUCCUGCGCAAUUGGAUAAAGCUACUCGUUUAUUUCAAGAUGCUUUAAAUGAGAUGGAGCGAUGUGGAUGUAAGGAAUUUGACUGUAAAAACCUGGCUGAGACAUUUAAAUGUCAAGGUAACAGGGCCAUGCAGUCAAAGCUAUACUCCCACGCAAUAGAGCUGUAUUCUGUGGCUGUUUCACUUUGUGAUGAUAAUGCAGUUUAUUAUUGUAAUAGGGCUGCUGCUUACACUCAAAUUCACAAGUACAAUGAAGCGAUUAGGGACUGUCUUAAAUCCAUUGAAAUUGACCCAAAUUACAGCAAGGCAUACAGUCGUCUUGGUUUAGCAUAUUAUGCUCAAGGGAACUAUGCUGAUGCAAUUGAGAAAGGAUUUAAGAAAGCCUUGCAAUUGGAUCCAAAUAAUGAAUCUGUGAAAGAAAACAUUCGGGUAGCUGAGCAGAAAUUGAUAGAUGAGCAGCAGAGGGCAGAGUGGGAUCCGAACGCUAGUUCCAGUCAUAAUAAUGAAGGACCUAAUAACCAUUCAACUGGGUCAAGGAGUCAUGGUGCAUCACCUCCAUUUACAAUACCUUUUGACACUAGUGCCCUUCCUGCUGAUUUUGCGAGCAUGCUUAUGAAUAUGGCUGCAAGUGCAUACCAAGGACAACCGUCUCAAAACAGGCAGGGAGAAGACAUGAAUGUAAACGGAUCUGAAGAGCCUGGAAUAAGAAUAGGUGGGAACAUCAACUUGAAUUUUGGUGAGCAAAUGCAAAUGCAAAUACCAGAGGAGUUAACUGGAGCUUUCAGAUCUGUGAUGGAAAUGUUCUCAGGUACAUCAUCUCCUGGAAACCCUCAGGACACAAAUGGAAGGUGAGCUCCAAACUAAAGGAUUGUACAAACAUGUAUGGUUAAUUAUAUUUCAAUUUACUAAGUCAUGCUUUCAAUUUUAACACCCGCUUCUCAUUGAGUUACAAAGGAUUUCCUUGAGAGUUGAGACAAAUGUAAAAACUUAAGGUAGUGAAUUUUUUGUUCUUUUAUAGAAAGUUAAGUAUAAUACCAAAUGAUUAGCUU